AGAUCGGGAAGAGCUCUGUUUAGAAGACGUGCGCGCGCGGCGUCGUCUUGGCUCUCGUUGCCUACGACCAAAACAAACUUUUGAGUUUUUUGAACGCUAAGUCCCACUGUCUUACGUCCUCCUAAGUGCCUUUCCACGAAGGUACACCAUCCACUCCACCCCUCGGUAAACCAUUACACCCUUAGGGCCGGUGCGCGAUAAAGAAUAUCUGAAAGCAAGAGACUGAGCAACAGCUGAUCCACCCACGUGCUCCUGCAGCACUAAUAAUUUCGGCGGUGCCCGUGUGGUGAUGCGAGGAGGCUCUGGGUAACCGAGCGAGUCGGCGCGCCAUGACCAACCUCAACCGCAUCCGGGUCGUGGUGCUGGGCAGCGCGAGAGUCGGCAAGUCCGCCGUCACGGUGCGCUACCUCACCAAGCGAUACAUCGGGGAGUACAGUUCCAACAGCGAUUUUCUGUACCGGCAUAAUGUGACUUUCGACAAUGUGACGACGGAAGUAGAAAUACUGGACACAUCCAAAUGUGCAACGUCGCAUUCUCACCGAAUGAUACAGGACAAGAAACAGGCGACGGGCUGCCUGUACGACCACAUCCGGUGGGGCGAGGCGUUUGUGGUCGUGUACAGCGUGUGCGACCGCGCCAGCUUCAACGACGCGCACGAACUGCUGGACAAGCUGGCCAAGCUGAAGCUGCCCUCCUACUUCACGACGCUGCUGCUCGGCAACAAGCGAGACCUCGACCACUCGCGUGAGAUCUGCGUGGACGCGGGCCAGGAGCUGUCGCUGCAGUACGGCUGCCAGUUCUACGAGGUGAGCGCCGCCGAGAACUUCGCGGGCGUCUCGCUGGCCUUCCAGUCGCUGCUGCGCGAGGCGCGCUCCGUGCAGCUGCUGCGCGCGCUGCCCAUCCGCCGCAAGCUGGGCGUCAACUCGGUCAGCAAGGUGCUCGGCAACAUCUUCGGCAAGAACAGCAACAAGGCCUCCGGCGACCGCAAGAAGAGGCCGUCGCUCUCCAUAUAGCUGGCCCGCCUGUGCCCCGGCAGUGGGGCCUGACGACGCCGUCGCCGUCGCGUCCGUUCCUACACACUGUGCGCCGAGGGACCGCCGGGGUGUCCCACCGCAGCACACGGUGCGGCUGGGUGCCGCAUUCCUCGAGUACCUAGGCAGCUGUCCGUGGACAGAAUCUCUCGCGUGAGAACGACUCGAGGUUUCGAGGCUUCCCACAUGAACUGCAUCUCACAAGAAGUGCUUUGCAUAAGAUGCGAAGACGUGUGAUGCUUGUUAGAAGCUCCCCAUUCGAGACUGCCCUGUUUUAGAGGGCAUAUUUAUACACAGUAUUGACUAGAUUCGUUGACCUACGAUUUGGGUACGUGGCCUUACCGACAGUAGGUUGUGCACUGGAAUACCCCCCUCCAAACGUAGGGAUCAAAGUCGCUCCUAAAUGGACCCAACACACUUGCAUUAAUGUGCAGCGGAAAUGAUCCAACAUUUGACAUGUUGAAGUCUCUACCAGUCAAGUUCUUUAAGGUCGAGAGCGAAGGUAUCGCUACAAAUACAAGAGGCAGCUGACAAGCGUUUGCUUCCAUCCCAGGAGACACUGAAGAUUCUACGAGUGUCAUGACAGUAUGAACAAAUUCAGUGUUGCUUUAAAGCGGGUGUGUCCAACCUAUCAGCUUAACUGGACCACAUUGCAAGAAGAGUAUUUUUGGGCAGCACAUAAUAUACUUAAAACUAACACGCUGGAAAGAGAGAGAGGGGGGGGGGGGGCAGGAGGGAGACAGUCGAAGAUUUAGCAGGAAUUUUAAAUUGAAAAUAUUCAUUUUACCAUAACAAUUGGAAUUUUAUGGACUUUGUUUUGUAGCCGAUCGUGUGAUACACGUUCGCUUUUUGGACCGCGAUGUUGCUUGCUUAGCAUCGUAUACGGCUCGCGGGCCGCGGGUUGGACAUCCUUGGUUUAAAGUUUGAUGCCGGCCGCUGUAGCCGAGCAGUUCCAGGCGCUUCAGUCCGGAAUCGCGCUGCUGCUACGGUUGCAGGUUCGAGUCCUGCCUCGGGCAUGGAUGUGUGUGAUGUUCUUAGCUUAGUUAGGUUUAAGUAGUUCUAAGUCUAGGGGGACUAUGACCUCAGAUGUUAAGCCCCAUAAUGCUUAGAGCCAUUUGACCAUUUAAAGUUUGCUGACGGCUGUCAAACUGUGUCAGAGGAGAAAACUCAUAAUUUAUCCGUGCCAAAUUUUGUUGUUACUUGUUCCUACUCUGCGGAUAAUCGGUAGUCUGUUGUAAUGGUACAUAUUACUUCUCAGUCCGAAGCACAUCUUCUAGUCCAGAAAAAGAAGACUCUGUAAAGUACUUCGAUAGCAAGGGAAGUCCGUCACCUCGAACGCUCAGAACCGCACGAAAAUGUCCUUGGGAUAUAAAUCGCUCACCCCAGAAAACAUGGGUGUAAGCCAUUCGCAUGCAGAACUGCGCGUUUUACCAUGACAGGCAUUUGAAUGGCCACCUGUUCAAAGUAUAACAGUGUAAGUUUCGUAACGAGAAGAAAUGAAACCUCGAUAUAAUAGGACUAAAAAAUGCCCACAUUUCAAUGUCGUCAGUUAGUGGUGUACAUCCCUCUGAUUAAAAUAAUUACACUGCCUGAAUAACAAUCUUUCUCGAAUGGUCUCGUAGUGUUGCAGUUAUUCGGUCUACAAACUGCAGUUGAGGAAUUACAGCAAAGUGGAACAGAACAAUAUGUACAAUCACUUCUGCACACCUAACGUCACACUAACAUUAACCGACUUUUAUCAAACAUACAGUAAUAAGCUUGGACUUGGGCGCAGGAAGUUUGUUGAACAGCAUAGAGUGAAGUCUGAUGGUGAAAUUAUGACCGUAAACAAACCUUCUUGUAGUUUCCGAUAGUAUAGUCACAAAAUCAAUAAUACUUCUAGAGUAUACAUUGCCAAAGAAGUACACAUCAGGAGAUUGGCAAUAUUUUGUUUUCUUCGGUGUGGUUUUGGUCCUAUUACAUCGAUAGUUUGUUCCUUCUCGUUAAAAAAGUUCCUCACCUAAACAUCGAAUAGGUGAUCAUUCAAAUGCGUCUCGCUGUAAGAUGCGCUGUUUUGCAUUUGAGUGAAACAUACCACUGUUUUUGGGGUGAGACAUUUGUAUUAUAAGCUAAUUUUAGUGCGGUUCUAAACGUUUCAGGUAACGCACUUGUCUUGUUAAAUUAAGUAUCCCGUGUUAUUUAGUGACUGACCCUUAUAAACAGCAUAAAUGUUUUGUGAGUUAAUGAAGUGAGGUCUAUUUAUGACUUUAGUUCGUAAUGGUCUGCAGCUGAGGUGUUUAUAUUCCGAAAUGACAGUCGGCGAUAAACGUGACCGAAAUGUUGUUUCUUGUAUUAGAUCUAGACGCACUUGAUGUGGAUCUUGUUUUACGGUGCGGUGCAAACAAAUACUCGGUGACAUUUUAACUUGUUUUUGCGAACUCCAUCUAAGCAAAACAUCCCUGCACAUUUCAAUGCACCGCAAUGGCAAACAAAAUCCAUCUCGUCUGCAUCUCGUCUGCAUCUCGUUUCGGAGUGUAGGCACGAUGAGAGGACUUAACAGCUGCCUUUCCUUAUUGGCAUGGCUUAGUAAGAUCCGAUUCUUCUACUGGUGUUGGCACAACACAUUGUACUCAUAUGUGGCUCCAUAGCCCUUCUCAGACACAUGUUAAUUAUUCAGUUUCUAAUUAUCUUUCUUGGGCUUGUCGAAUGUGAGGAAGAUACCACUUACGAGUCACUUAGUGUGUAUUGCUGAUCGUAUGACAUGUCCAGUAUGUGACAGGCAUUUUCGUGGACUUUGAUGACUGCCUAAUAUUCACAUACGUCAACUACAUCCGAAUAAAUACGUGUAAAUUAAUUACAAGUUCCCAGAGACGUUUGAGACACAAGCGUUUAAAGUAAUGAUAUUUGCUGAUGUACAUAAAAGGAUGAAGACAUAAAUGUAUAUAAAGAACAUUUUGCACCAAGUGAGUGAAUUUGAGAUUCAUUGUGUAAUUUAAGAAGUGAAACCACGUGCCUUACAGACAUUAUAGUAUUAUGACACAUUCCUUCAUCGCAAUGAUAUUUUUAUAAAAUGAUUUAUUGUAAAUAGUCAUCAACUGUUCUAUUACUUUAAGAAACGGUGUUACAUGUCCUUGUAUUAUACCUACAGAUGCUUUUUUAAUGCAACAGUGCUAAUUAGUAUUUGUCAUGGCCAUUCACAUCCGUGUACAAUAAAAAUUCCACAUUUUAUGAAUGUAUAUAACAGAAUCUAAUUUUCGAUUGCUGUGAAUCUGUUACACAACAUAUUCCAUACUUCACACAUUCCUGUUGGACAGAGUAAUAAAUUUUAUUUUCAUGUUCCUCUUAGGAUAAGAAGUGCCCUUGUACAGCGUACACUUAGCUGUCCAUCAGGUUCCCUAAAGUCGCCAGUAUCAGGUGACUGUAAACCUAUCUGCAAUGUACGCGGACAGCCAUUUAUAAAAGGCAUACGUAGCAACGCCUUUGGUAUCAAGCAAAAUAAAAUUUUUCAGAUUGUUAAUAGGAGAAGGAAGUUUCACUGCGGUUGCCAAUACAGCUGUCGUAAAGAAGGUAAAUGUAGGUGGUCUUUGGCAUUUUUGGACUUUGGUUGGACGUACGCCAUCGCUAUUUGUAGAUCAUUCCAGACAGUUCUCAGCUUAGUUCUUUUGGCGUAGAGCGAGCAGUGUGUUUCGACCUGACCCAGCAUCAGAAAGCGCCAAUGACAUGCUGUCCGCGCUACCUCGCAGAUAAGUUGUCAUACCUGUUGAUCUCGCGGCGACACCCCAUUCCUACAGUCGAAAUUUAUGUGAUGUCUGUGAAAUAGGCGACUCAUGUUGCUUCCAAAUACUUUGUACAUUUCAUUUGACUAAAUAUAUCA